CUCCCAUUCUCGAAUCAUGUUUCAGGCGCGUUGACUCUGUCUCCAUACAAGAAAGCAGUUUUGCUAAUAAUCAACCUGGUACACCAACAAGUAACAACAUCACUAGUAGGAGGAGCUGCAGUAGGUGCUGUGUUUGGAGAACUGCUAAAAGCGGUCCUGGCAAUGAAAGACAAGGCCAUGAUGUUCAGACAAACCUUAGCGCACCUGAGAACAACGUUAACAGCAAUCGCUCCUGUGGUCAAAGAGAUAGAGAACCACAACAAUGAAUUGGGUCGUCCAAAGGAAGAGCUUGAAUCCCUCAUGAGAGAAAUGGAACAAGGCACCAAGCUCGUCUAUAAGUGUUCCAAGAUCCGCAAGUUGAAUUUCAUCGCCAGGAUCCGGUACCAAGAACAGCUGGUGGCGUUGGUAGAAUCUUUGGUCAAGUUCUUCAUGAUUGACUUGCAGGCUCAGACAGCCAGAGAUUUGAAGGAGACUCUGCUUGAGGUCAGGAAAAUAAGCAGUGAAGUGAGUAAAUUAUCCUCUGCAUCACAUUUGCGGUGCUCUUCUUCUGGUCGCGUCUCUUUAUCCGCUGAUUUGGGCCAUUUAGAGAUACACGAAACAAGUUCGCCGUAUUUGGGAUCUAAUGCUUUGUUGAAUCGCCAGAGCGAAUCCAUUUUCAACACAAACAUCAAACCCGAGUCAAGUAGUCCAACUGACUCUGUUACGAUAACGUUCCCCGAUUUCCAAGGGUCUUCUAGUAAUUUCCAUAUUGAUGAGUUGUUAGGUGCUUCGGCUGAGGUUCUUGGGAUGACGAGUUAUGGAACGUUUGCUUACAAAGCAAUAUUGGAGGAUGGGACGACGCUGGUUGUGAAGAGGCUGAGAAAUGUGGUGGUGGGGAAGAGUGAGUUUGAUCGGCAGUUGCUGAUUUUGCAAAAGCUUUCUAGGCACCCGAAUAUUAUGCCCCUUCUUGCUGGCUAUUAUUCCAAGGAUGAGAAGUUGCUCAUUUACGACUACAUAGCCAGCUGGAACCUUUCCGAUCUGUUGCAUGAGAAAAGGAAGAAUGGAAUGCCACUACUAGAUUGGGAUUUGAAACUGAAGAUUUUACUUGGAGUUGCAAAGGGUGUUGCUCAUAUCCACUCAUCAACUGAAGGAGAAUUUGUUCAUGGCAACAUUAGCACAUCCAAUAUACUUGUCACAGCAGAUAUUAAAGGUUGCAUAUCGUAUUUUGGUUUGCAUUCUAUAUUCAGUGGCAAAUCAAGCAACCUUUUUACACGAAAUAAAGGGUAUUACGCGCCGGAGGUUAUUCGAACUGGAAUUCUGACUCAAAAAUCUGAUGUGUACGGAUUUGGUGUUGUUCUUUUUGAGAUAUUAACUGGAAAAUUGUCAUCUGGGUAUAAUAAUAAUGAUCUUCAUAUCUCAUUUAACAAUUCGAUUCGCGAUGACAUGCAUGGUGGAAUGCUAAAGAGGAUGAUGAUACUAUCAGAGGCAUGCAUGGCAAUAUCACCUGAAUUGAGACCUUCCAUGGAUGAGGUUGUUAAGAAACUGGAAGUAGUCCAAGUUGUUGUGUCAUGUAUUGUGUAUGGUUUGAAGCCUUUUCCAUAUUGAGCAGAAUUUAAAGUGGUUAUUAUAUACACUUUUUUUUUUUAAGGAAAGAGAGGGUUAAAUUCAUGAGGAGCAAUGAUAUUUAUCCCUGUCGUAUUUUGUAUAUGGUUUGGAGCUUCUUCCAUUCACACUAAAUUUGGAUUGGUAAAAUGCCCAUUUUGCUAGUCCAUGUGCUACCCUAUUUCUAUUUCAUUUCACAUGAUUGAAACUAAGUGGUCUAAAUUCAGCAAUGAGAGAGAGUGUAUCGGCAAUGAAUGACCAAACCAAGUGUCAUCUAGCUUACCUUGUUUGAGUGUUUUCACCACUUCCAAAUUGUCACUCUCCAAAAUAACUUCAGUGAAACAACACUCCCUUUUCCAAUUUACCGCUAGGAAAGCUGCAUUUGCCUCGGCUACAUGGGCUUCCAACGUAAAAGGAACGACCCAAGUCGAUGUAGCUUGAAUGAAGCCCAUGCUGUCUCUUGUUACAGCCCCAGCACCCCUAUAAUUGUGGUUGGUUGUUGUAGCAUCAACAUUUGUUUUGAUGCAAUUAAUUGGGGUUCUGACUUUCCAGGUUUUCUUCCAAAUACACUCUUCUUCAUACCUACUCUCUGAAUUGCUUGAUAUGUGUUGGUUUUGGGCUUUCAGUUCAUUGUAAGUUAGUUUCACUCUGAACACUCCAUCUC